AGUGAGAGAGAGAAAAAAAAGAGGGCGAGAGAGAGAGAGAGAGAGAGGGUACUGCCGCAUAAAAUAGUGGACAGUGAUAUCCACACCAUUUCCAUGGUUUGGCUGCGUUAGGUGGAUUCGACUAAACAAUUUGAAAAAAUAUCAGUGCUUGGAUGUGAAUUUAUCUACACAUCACUACCUUUUUGUGGAUAUAAUGCAGUCCUUUUCCUGGAUUUACACACAGGUCACCUCAACCUUCACCUUCUAUAAACUACCUUUCUAGAUCUGGCUCAUGAUGGUGAAGAGGCGUACGUUCCCUCUACUGAUAGCUUCUGCUCUGGCAGUCAUGGUCUACGUCAUCUUCACAUUGCCCAGGUCACAGCCAGGCAACCACCAGCACCUCUAUCUGCACCACAUCUCUGACCAGUCCAUCACGCCUGUCAACGACACCAAACACUUCAUGGUGGGGGCCUACAAGGAACAUCGUUUGGAGGGAAGCUCCGUACGCAUCAUCAGUAUCUUCAGACGAGACUCUGUCCAGCCUCUGUACUGUGUGUUCUACUGUGGGACUCACUGGGCUAAUGGAAUGAAGGCUGAAGUCCAGAUGCACUCUGAUCACUUUGGUUUCCGCUUCGUGACGACCGACGUCCUUUGUCCGAAUCAUCCCGACUGCGACCCAUCACACGUGACCCUCGCCAUACAAGCUGACGCCGAGCUCGCUCAGAACCAAACCUUCCUCCACAUCCAGAACCUUGUGAAAAGGGAGGAAGAGGAGUUUCAGUUCAACUUCACUGUCUGUUGGUCCAAUUUAUUUGGCGAUUAUAACAACGUGCUUCAGGUCACCCAGACUCUGGAGAUGUACAAGUUGUUGGGAGUGCAGCAUGUUGUGGUGUAUAACACCAGCUGUGGACCAGACCUGGAGAGACUGCUACAGAGUUACACACAGGAGGGCUUUGUUGAAGUGGUGCCCUGGCCUAUCAACCAACACAUGAACCCGUCCAAUGGGUGGCAGCCCAGUGAACAUGGAGGGGACAUCCACUACUAUGGCCAGUUGACCACUCUAAAUGACUGUGUCUACAGAAAUAUGUAUCAGUCACGCUAUGUACUGCUGAACGACAUCGAUGAGAUUAUAGCUCCAUACCAGCAUCAAACCCUGCCCCAGAUGAUGGAUGUACUUCAGAGGCAAAACCCAAAGGCUGAAGUGUUCCUCAUAGAGAACCACAUCUUCCCUAAGUCCCAGUUUGAGCCCAGUGGAAGGUUUGAACGACCAAACUGGCGGGAUGUUCCAGGGAUCAACAUCAUGGAGCACAUCUACAGAGAGGAGCCAGACUAUCGCAUCUACCACCCCUCCAAGAUGAUAGUACGGCCCAGGGCAGUGGAGCAGACGUCGGUCCACUCUGUGCUGCGUAACUUUGGGCAGACAGUGAAGGUUCCUCCUAACGUGUGUCAUAUCAUCCAUGUCAGAGUUCCCCUACAAGGAGGACUGACCAAGAAGGAGCUGCAUGAAGACAAGAGGGUCUGGGACUACGAGAGCCAGCUGGUUCCUAAUGUAGAUAAAGCAUUGGAGAAGGCAGGACUACUGCGCAUGUGAAUAGAUUUGCUUCAUCCUGAACCAAACCUGCAGAGAAGUUUAGCCCCACACUUGAACGCUCUUAGGUGUUGCAGACAUUGACCCGCUAUGCUGUUUACUUUGUGCCUCUGCUUCAUAUCGCUGAGUCUAUCUUUAAGUGUAUUACAAUUGUAAUGAAAGUAUGAAUAGUAUUUGUUUUAUUUAUUUGAUUUUAUCUGUACUUAAAGUAAUAAUAAUAAAGCCCCUUUACAAUGA